AUGUUUAUGUACCCGAUAUUCAUCACCGACGAUCCCCAAGCUGAAGUCGACAUUGCGGCUUUGCCUGGACAGAAACGAUGGGGAGUAGACCGUCUCGAAGGUUUCCUCGGACCACUUGUACAAAAGGGACUGAAGAGUGUUAUCCUAUUCGGUGUCCCGCUGAAUUGCACCAAGGACGACCACGGAACCCCCGCAGACGACCCCAACGGACCUGUCAUCCUCGCCAUCAAAAAGCUCAAAUCGCUAUUUCCCGAACUGUACAUCGCAGCCGACGUCUGUCUGUGCGAAUACACCUCGCACGGGCACUGCGGAUACCUCUUGCCAGGCACACGCAUCAUCGACCAGGCAACCUCGGCCGAACGCAUCGCCGACGUUGCGCUCGCGUAUGCCCAAGCGGGUGCGCACUGCGUUGCGCCCAGCGACAUGAUGGACGGACGGAUUGCGGCCAUCAAGCGUAAACUGAUCGAUGCGCGAUUGGCGAAUCAGUGCACGCUGAUGAGCUAUUCGGCCAAAUUUGCGUCGGGACUGUAUGGUCCGUUUAGGGAGGCAGCUGGGAGCGUGCCCAACUUUGGUGAUCGCAAAUGUUACCAACUUCCGCCGAAUGCGCGUGGCCUAGCUCAACGUGCGAUUACUCGGGAUAUCAACGAGGGUGCCGAUAUUAUUAUGGUCAAGCCUGCUUUGCCGUACCUCGAUGUGCUCGCUGAUGCGCAACGCAUGGCUCCGUCCCAUCCGCUCGCAUGUUACCAGGUAAGCGGAGAGUACGCGAUGGUCGUUGCCGGUGCAAACGCAGGGGUGUACGAUCUAAAAACGAUGGCGUUUGAAACGAGCGAGAGUAUGGUCAGGGCAGGGGCGACACUUAUUCUUUCGUAUUUCACACCUCAGUUCUUGGACUGGCUAGAAGCUUGA